AAUGAGUAUGAGCCACGAUUUUGAUAACUAGUUCGUUAGGGGUAUUUUGGUCAAUUGACAUGUUCGUUGGCCCAUCUCCGCCGCACACACCACUCGUUAACCGCCGUAACAACAACCACCGGCCUCGUAACGCAACCGUCACCUCCGCUUUACCUGAUCUAUUUCUCGCUGCGGUCUCUCUUCUCUUCCUCUGGUCAUCUCCUAAACCUCUACUCUCUCUUCCUCCUAACAGAUUCUCUUUCCCUCUAAAUCCUCGCCGUCGAAUCACCGCCAUGUCUCGCCGAUCUCCUCCUCCUCCCUCUCAACGCUUCGCGAAUCCUCAAUCUCUCUCCGAUUGGCUCGAAUCGCGGUUACCUUCCGAUUCAUUCGCCGCUUGGGGAGUCAAACCGGGAACUAAAAACGUUCAUAACCUCUGGCUUGAACUCUCCGACGGCGAAACUUCUCUCGCCGAUUCAACUCCUCCGGUUCGCACCGUUAACGUCGUCACCGUUCGAGUAAUCGGAAAAACCGGACGAAUCCUAGUGGAAGCUCAUCAGGAAUUAUCCGAUGGGAGUAUUAGGGAGAGAUUUCGUCCGUUAUCGGAGAAGAUGAAGCCUGAAGAAUCUCCCGAUGAAGCAGUUUUUCGCGCCAUAAAAGAAGAGCUCGGAUCUAUCUUCAAUGGCGAUGGUGAUGACGUUGGACAGAGAAUUAAGAUUCUUCCUGGAACUUACAGCAGAAGAGUUGAGGAAAGGAACUCGCUGUCGUAUCCAGGAUUACCGGCGCGUUACGCUCUACACUCGGUGGAUGCGACGGUGGAGGGACUACCGGAGGAAGAUUUCUGCACGGAAGAGAAAGAGUACGACGGUGGAGACUUGACCACGGAAGAUUCGGUGGAAACACGCGCCGCCGGAAAAGCUGUAACUGUGAAACGGCAUUACUGGAAAUGGGUUAGUCCUGAUUCGAUUCGAUCUUAAAACUCAACAAGCUUUUUCACAGUUUUAUCAAUCUUGAUACAUGAAUAAUCAGAGCCAUGUAGA